ACACAGCGGGCGGACAGCAGAUCGAUACUCUCCAUAAGCAAUGGCACAUGCAGCUACAAGCGAGGCCAGAUCAUGGGAGGCAGCGCCCAAGGUUCACCCCAGCGUGUGGGGGGAUUUCUUUAUCAAUUACAGCCCAGAACCAUUACAGGUUUCAGAUGAAAAGAUGAUCGAGAGAGCCAACAAAUUGAAAGGGGAAGUGUGCGGUCUGUUCGAGGCUUGCAAGAACGCUGUGGAAAAACUGGACCUGGUAGAUGCUCUGCAACGUUUGGGAAUAGAUCACCAUUUUCAAGAACAAAUAGCCACCACCUUAAGCAGCGUCCACAGGGAAGAAUUCAAUAGCUUAAACCUUCAUGAGGUUGCCCUUCGUUUUCGCUUGCUUAGGCAGCACGGGUUCUGGGUUCCUGCAGAUGAAUUUGACGGGCUCAAGCUUGAAGAUGGGAGCUUUAUCGAUAGUGUAGCUAAUGACCCAAAGGGCCUGUUAAGCUUAUACAACGCGGCUAACCUUCUAACUCACAAUGAGGGUGCACUUGAAGAAGCCCUGAUAUUUGCAAGGAGACAUCUAGAAUUGAUACAGAGCAGUCUCGAAUCCCCCUUAGCAGACCAAGUUGCGCGUGCCCUGAAAAUACCACUACCAAGGACCUUAAAGAGGAUAGAAGCAGUAUCAUAUAUGCAAGAGUACAGUGUAGAACAAAGGUACAACCCAGCCAUAUUGGAGCUUGCCAAGCUAGAUUUUAACCUCCUUCAGCGUCUUCACCAGAAGGAACUCAAGACAAUUUCUCAGUGGUGGAAGGAUCUUUCUGAAGACACUGGUCUAGAAUACGUGAGGGAUCGGCUUGUUGAGUGUUACUUUUGGGCUUACAGCAUCUACUAUGAGCAAGAGUAUGCACGUGCACGGAUGAUCCUCGUCAGGUUAUUCGUGCUAACAUCUUUGUUAGAUGACACUUACGAUGAUUAUGCUACUUUGGAAGAGAGCCGGGACCUCACCAAGGCUAUAGAAAGAUGGGAUGAGAAUGAUAUUUCUUUUCUACCUGAGUAUAUGAAGAAAUUCUUUCUCAAGGUGAUAAGAAACUUCGAGGAAUUUGAGGAUGAGUUGGAACCACAUGAGAAGUACCGCGUUGCUUAUGCUAGGAAAGCGUUCCAACUUAUAUCCAAAAGUUAUCUCCAAGAAGCGGAAUGGUCUCAUCACAAGUACAUACCAAGCUUCAAAGAUCAUGUGAAUGUAUCCACCAUAUCGGCGGGUGCUCAAGUUAUGUGUGUUGGGUCGCUUGUGGGCAUGGGUGAUGUUGCAACCAAGGAGGCAUUCGAACGGGCCAUUGGUAACACUGAUGCCAUAAGAGCAAGUGGAGAGGUGUCACGCUUCAUGGAUGACAUGGCAGAUUUUAAGAGAGGAAGUAACAAAACGGAUGUAGCCACAUCUGUGGAGUGCUACAUGAAGGAGCACAAUGUCACUGGCGAGGUUGCCCUGGCCAAGAUCGGUUCCUUUGUUGACGAUGCAUGGAAAACACUAAAUCAGGCACUCUUUGAGAAACGUUCUUCACCACUUCCGGUUCUGCAACGAGCCACAAACUUUGCAAUGAGCAUUAUGAUAAUCUUCCUCGACCAGAGAGAUGGUUAUACAAACAGCAAGGAAAUUAAAGAGACUAUGGAGAGCCAAUUCGUCAAGCAUAUUCCCCUCUAAUACUAGCGCAGCAAUUAUGAACAUUUAAGAUCAGUGAGGCACGCAUCAUCUAUCAUCAGAUAAUCUAUCAGGGCUUCCUGCAUGUAUGCACUAGGUACUGUUCCUUUAAGUGUUGCUUUGCUUGCCGUGUGGGAUAAUUUUAGAUAUUAAGCUUGCAUUGAUACGUAUAAUUAUACCUUAAUCGUGUUUGCGUAUGUGAAUCUGGUUGUAAUUUUCCUCAACAAGUGAAAAUAGAUGGGAUAUCUAUUGUCCAAGCA